AUGACCCGCAGUUUGAUAGGCUUCAGAAAAUACGCCCACUUUGAUCUAACUUACCCAAUAUUAAAAUACCCAGAACCGCCUGAAAACUGUCCCGAUCUUGGAGUGCCAGGAAAUGUGGUUCAAAGACUAUUGGAGACUAUCUCAGACAAUUUGAACCACAAGAUUUUUGUCGAUAACUGGUACACAAGUUUGCAGCUAAUGGCAAACUUGCACAAAAGAGGUAUUCUGCCAUUAGGCACAGUACAACUGAGAAGAGCUCCAAAUAUAAAUAUAAUUAAAAAAGCUUUAGAAAAGAAAGAACGAGGUUAUUGCUCCGAAAAAAGUGUUUGUGUUGAUAAAGUUAAGCUAUCAGUUACCAGUUGGGUCGACAAUAAAGCAAUCAGUUUGUGUUCAUCCUACGUAGGCAAGGAACCAAUGGGAGUUGUGAAAAGAUAUUCCAAAAAACAUAAGCGUAGAGUUGAUGUUCCUUGCCCAAAAGCAGUAUCAAUUUAUAACAAAUACAUGGGCGGUGUCGAUUUACUAGAUGCCAUAUUAGGCUUCUAUAGGAUCAAAAUCCGCAGUAAAAAUGGUACCACCACCUGUUCUUCCAUUUCAUUGAUCUCUGUUGCGUGA